GGACUGACCUUGACCGAGAUCAUCAUUGUUUCAGCCACUGGAUCAGUUCUUCUGUUCGUGGCAGUGGUUUUGGGGGUCAUGCUGUUUAGGAGACACAGUGAGUGGCUAAGCAGUACAUAAUAAAAGUGUUAAUUGAGUUAAAAUAUUAAAAGCCCUGCUGCACACUUCUCUUGUCACACUGUUAAGUGCUUCAACACUUCCUGAGCAGACUGGCCCUUUCACAACUUCUCGUAGCCGCCGUUGUCCAAUGGUACAUCCAAUCACAGACACCCGACUUGCUGCAACACAUAAAAAAAUUCCACAUCCACUGGGAAGCAGCAUAUAUUUUUUGCAACUAGAGGAGAAUCAUGUACAAGGUAGAGAAAAGAAAGAAUCAACCUGUUUAACAGCCGAAAGUUAUGGCUUAGAAAUCUUUCAAAUAGAUGGAUAUUCCAAGUGAUGCUUCUUUAAUCAGCCCAUUUGUGUUAAGGAAAGCUCUUCAGCAAGACCAUCUGAAACUCGGAGUCCUUGGACGUGGUUGCUAGUCGCCAGGAGAGCCUACCCGCCAACCAAAGAGUGCGAGGACACUGCUUCCGGGGACGAGGCAUUACUGAAAUGUAAUGGUUCCCAGAAAUGAGAAUAGACAGUUUAUAAGCCCUCUGCACCAUGAUAGUCCAAGAAAACGCAGUGUUUAGAUAUGCUACCACAAACCUAAUAGACUGCCGACAAGGUACAUAGCUAAUUAUUAUUUUGUCUUCUUUUGCCUUCAGGGGGUCGCAAAUUAAAAGAUCCAGACGAACAUGACAUAACUCCUUAUGCAACAAUUCACAUCAGCGGAAUCAGGGUUGGACAAAAUAUAGAGAAAAACUGUUAUGGACAAGCAGGAAUGUAUGAAAACCCACUCAUAACAUUGCCUUUCUACGCGAGAAUUCCCCCAAGAGACAGUCCAUCGCGACUGCUACGAAAAUUUCGCAACUCACCGUAUGAAAAUAUUAACCAACUUGGAAGACCGUUCGCAAAUCCCCUCGAAUAUUUGUUUUUCCAACCUCGAUAUGAAAAUGAGGCUGACGAUGGACCAUGCGAUGUUCUAAUUCUUAAGCCUGGGUACGACAAGCUGAGGCCUGGUAUAAGACGAAAAACGCUGGAAAAUCCGGUGCCAUUUAAGCGCUCGAUAAGUGGCGGAGUCAAUAAAAGUGGGAUGCCUGUGUACGAUUCUAUCAUACAGGAUGCCUGUGGGAUACCUGUCCACGAUUCUGUCAUACGGGAGUUCGAACUUUCGUGUCGAAAAAUUGAUUCAACUGAGAGCAAUCUGGACGAGAUUGGCACAAUUCUUGAAAUCGAUUCAUGCGAUGAGUGUAGUCAGGCAGAUACACAAGACAGCGGAGCUGAACACAGCGACGAUGCGGUCUCGACACAAGACGUUGAUUUAAGAUGCUUGGGUACCGACUGUGAUGCGCAACUACAUCCACUUGGGUCGAGUUGUGCAAAAGAAGCGGGAACUUCGUGUUCUCAAGCUGCACUACACAUGCAAGAUCAAACGGGUUUAUUUGGGUUUUACAACAGUAACCUUACACAGGACCACGAUGCUUAA